AUGAAGACGCGCCGCAGCAGAUUCAGAAAUGCAGCAGCCAGAAAUUGCCGACUGGUUGAUCCUCAGUCGCGUCGAAUUUUCGCCAAAAUCCUGCUCGGCGAAUCCAUUGUCUUCCUGCACAAUUGCGUGAAUGGUGACAAUGAUCUGAUUGACGAAUUGAAGCUCGGCCCGGACAGCGCUCGCCUCUGGAGAAAGCCGGGUAAAAGAGAUGCCAUUCCAAUUGAAGGUGAGUGAGUUGAGCCGCCAGGUGCAUCGUCGCCGCGUGGGCCACCUCGGCCGCUCAGACUUGGUUUUCGUUGCCGACACACAUGCGGUGCAAAGCCGGGAAGGAGGUCCGAGCAGCAGGCAGAAGCUCAGCGCAAAAGAAGAUGCGGCAUUUCCAGCAUGUCCGUGCUCAAGGUGGCAGGAACCGCCAAAAGACACGCGAGGUCACGGGCACGGCGCAACUGACCAGUAUAGACCAAAAGGACGACCACGUCGCGGGCAUAAGCUGCCGCGCUCGUAUACCGCAACUUCAUUGUGACCUGCUCAAUCACUUGACGAAUAACAGCAGGAUUUGA